AUGUCUGGUCGUGGAAAGGGGGGCAAGGGUUUGGGUAAGGGAGGUGCCAAGCGACACAGGAAGGUGUUGCGUGAUAAUAUUCAGGGUAUUACCAAGCCUGCUAUUCGACGUCUUGCUCGUCGAGGUGGUGUGAAGCGUAUUUCCGGCCUCAUCUACGAAGAGACCCGUGGUGUUCUGAAGGUUUUUCUCGAAAACGUUAUCCGGGACGCUGUUACCUACACUGAGCACGCUAAGAGAAAAACUGUUACCGCCAUGGAUGUUGUCUAUGCUCUGAAACGCCAAGGACGCACUUUGUACGGUUUUGGCGGUUAA